GGGGGGGGGGGGAGCGCAGAGGCUACCGGGAGCCGUUGUCCUGGUAACGGACAACAUGGCGUCGGCGGCCCGGAGCGAUUGUCGGUACCUGGAGAAGGUGGGUCGCCUUCAGCGGGAGCUGCACCAAAGUGAACGAAAAAGAUUGGAGUUGGAAAGAAAACUUUUGGCAAGUAACAAAACAGAGCAGCCGAUAUCCAAGCUGAAAGGAGCAAAACUGCAAAAUUAUUUGAAAGAAAUACAUGAACGGGAGAAGAUAGCCCAUCUGCGCAACCAGAAUUUUUUGAAGGAAUUUGAAUGUAUUGAAGCCCAUGCUGCAACUCUAACACAAAGAACUGACACAUUGAAACAAAUGAAAAUGGAGUAUACAAAGCAGAUCAAGCGGUUACUUUCAAUGUGGAACAAGGAAAUUAAGUUGAACAGUAAGGCAGAAGAAGCAAAUAUUAAACAAGCAACAAAUUCAUCAGGACAAAUAAGAAUGGAAAGAAACCUGUCAAAAGGUUUAUACCACACUGCCACCAGCUUCAUGGGCCAACAAAUGCUGGAGAUUUCAAGUAGUUCACGUUUGAAUCCACAACAAAAAUAUCACCAGCCCACAGAGAGCCUUUCAUUUUCUCAGCCUCAUUCAAACAAGCAGGCAACAUCAGUGACAGCAGUUCAUACUAAUUCUAUGAUAGACAACUUGAAGUUGCCUAUGUCAAGCAACGGAAGGCAAGGCAAACACUGUGUUUCUGACAUAAAAGAUUGGAAGACAGGGCUCCAAACCAGUGAAGAAAUGCCAUUGACACGCUUAAUCUCCUCCGGGAGUGAAAGCCAUCAACGUGAAAGGACAGGAAGUAAUAGGAGCAUCAGGGCCCAUAGUUCAACUGGCAGUCAGGAAUUACCUAUACCUGUGGCUCAGUUAAAGCCCAUUACAGAAAAGCUGAUACAAGACACUUUUCAGGAUGUUUUUAAGAAUCGCCUGACAGAUGAAGAGCAUAGCCACAAAAAUGUUACUGUAUGGAAAACUGCUACUACACUGAAACAGUAUGAAAAGCUGCCCUUGGACUCAUCCAAAAGCAGUAUGUUUUCAGGACGUUUCACCACAAGCACAGAGGAAGAUGACGCUAAACAGACAGUGAUCUUUCAGACUCAGAAAAAUGAUGCUGAGAAAGUUGUGAGACCAAGUCUGGAUGUGCUGAGGCUGUCAGCUGAAUUCUCUGCUUCAGAUAGUGACCUCAAUAAUUCCACAAGCAGCAAUGAAGAAUUGCAAGAAAUGGAGUCUUUUGAAGACGUAUGUGUUCUUAAUGCACAUCCUAAACCAGCUACAGUAGGUGACCCAGAAGAGGCCAAUCGAUCAACCUUUUCUAAACAUGAAAGUUGUCCUGAUGAGAAUAAAGAAUACAUUAUGUCUUCCAAAAAGGAGCCACCAUCUGACCAAAACAUCUUUAGGACUUCUAAAGAUAAUAAUCUUUAUGAGGAGCUGCAGGUUUCAUCAACUCGAUCUGUCAGAAAUGAAGGAUGCCUUUCACUUGAAGGAUUUUUUCACUUGCUGCAUACAGUAGAAAAUGCUGUGGAGAAAACAAAGGUGACUUAUUUGGAGUUAUAUCAGACUACUACAUUAAGUAGUGAAAAAUUUAAUGAAAUCACAAGUAAGUGUAAUAGAAAAGGCAGCCUGGACACAGAAAGCCUGAAAUCGUGUGGAGUAGUUAUUCUUCACCAGCUCCAGAGGUUGUCACAGAAUACAUCUCAUGGUUCCUUGUUAUCUGAAGAGAUUUUGCGCAAGGACUGUCAAGCUGUUGUAGAAAGCGAUAUCAGAUGCUCUUUGCCUCCUUGUUCUGCCAAGCUGUGGGAGCACUGGUACUGGCAUGUGCGUUGUGUGUUGCAACAUCAGGGGCUAACAGUAGAUGAAACAGCAGAAAUAUUUGGCCCUUUAUUGAUUGGAAAAAACAGCAAAAGCUCCAAAAAGGCAAUAGCAUUGUUGAAGAAAAUCCUCUCAAAAGCGACUGACAGCCAGUCUCUUCAAAGUGAUGACUCUUCUUGCAGUUUACCUUCAUUUCUUACUGAUGGUGCAGUUGCGAAGCCAGCAAAACCCUCUCAGCAAUAUUACUUAAAUGCAAAACAACAAGAGUUCAACGAAUUGUUGAGCAGUAGCGAGGAUGAUGACUUUAUAGUAAAUGUUCCUCUUACAGAAACAAGAGCGUACCAACUACUAAAGCAAUCUGCAGUGAAACAGAACAACCAAUUAAAACAGGAAGAUGAGGAGGAUAUCUCUGAUUUAGAGUUGCCAGGUUUAGGCCAUAAGAAACAUUCCAAAAAUAUACAAAAUAACAUUGAGGAUAAAUCUGACUUCAGUGAAGAAACUUCGCUAAUAAGGAACAGAAAGAAAAAGAAGCUAAUUCAUCCUAUGAAAUCUAAAGCAUUCUGGGGAGAAUCCGAUGACAGUGAUUCUGAUAUUGAAGCAGUUCUGCAUCCCAAAGCACCAGAUGUACUUGAGGGUGGAGAUGAUUUUGAAGAUUUCAUUUAACGAUAAAACAUGAAGCUCAGUUUUUGACCUUAAUGCUGCAAUGGGCACUGUGGGAUCGAGUUCCAGGUGGUGGGGGCAGAGAGGCUGAAGGCUCACCCGCCAAUGGGCAAGGU